AAGAGCCGACUCGCACGCGGGCUAACAACUGUUCGGAGACAAGAAGAGAAUGGGGGCCGAAGCAGAAGACCAUCAACAAGCCAAACGCAACGCGGAACCAGUUCUAAAUCCGGAUCCGAACCCCAAUCGCAUUACGCCCGAUCAGUUCCUCUCUUGGAAACGCCAAAAGGAUGCUGAUGCUUCAACCAGAAAGGCCGAAGCUGCGCAGAAGAGAGCAGAGGAUAUAGCUGCAGGAGUAGUGCAAAUGAAUGGCCGGGAGCUUUUCUUGCAUCAACCCUGGGUCUUUGACAAUGAUCUUUACUGACAUGUUUUUGUUGGUUUCAGAAUGUUACAAACAUUGUUUCUCAUGUUGAAGUUUUCUCCUAUGUAAGAAAUGCUACCUGAAUCUGACUUUCAUUAAUUGUUACUGAACCCCCACAAUGAUUCUA